AGACCCAUGAUCGCCACGCUGCCGCUGAGGCCCACCGUCAACAACGGGACCGUCCUACCAAAGAAGGGCAGCGGGACCUUACCCUCCCCGUCCGGGAUGGGAUCCAGGAAGGACGCUCCUCUCUCAGCCAAUAGGAGCACUGUGAGGAGGGCCAACUCCAACGAGCACAUGGGCACGCUCACCAGGAGGGACUCGGGCGAGACCAAGGGCAACCGGACCCGCGCCGGAUCCACCGGCAGCAACUCCAGCGGCAAGAGGAGUGACAGCAGCCGGCAGAGGGAGCCCAUAUUCAAUGCAGGGACUCGACGGGUGACCCACUGCAAAGAGGAGGGCUAUGUGAAGAUGUUCUUAAAGGGCCGCCCGGUCACCAUGUUCAUGCCCAGAGACCAGGUGGAGCCCUACUGCCUGGAGGCCAAGGCCGACCUGCCUGGGAGCAAACUCAAGCUGGACUGGGUAUACGGUUACCGGGGCCGCGACUGCCGCUCCAACCUCUACCUGAUGCCCACCGGGGAGACGGUGUACUUCAUCGCCUCGGUGGUGGUGCUGUUCAACGUGGACGAGAGGCUGCAGAGACACUACACCGGGCACACGGACGACAUCAAGUGCCUGGCUGUUCAUCCUGACAAAAUCACCAUAGCAACCGGCCAGGUGGCGGGAACAUCGUGUGACGGCAAGCUGGCUCCUCACGUGCGUGUGUGGGACUCCGUCAGCCUCAACACGCUCCACGUUCUUGGCACCGGGUUCUUCGACCGGGGCGUGGCCUGCCUGGCCUUCUCCAAGUCGAACGGUGGUAACACGCUGUGUGUGGUGGACGACUCCAACGACCACGUCCUCUCCGCCUGGGACUGGCAGAGAGAGGACCGCCUGGCUGACGUCAAGUGCUCCAACGAGUCGAUGUUCGCUGCAGACUUCCACCCCACAGACAGCCACGUCAUCAUCACCUGCGGCAAGUCUCACCUCCACUUCUGGACCCUGGAGAAAGGCCUGCUGGUGAAGAAACAAGGACUGUUUGAGAAACAGGAGAAGCCCAAGUUCGUCAUCUGCGUGACGUUUGCAGAGAACGGAGACGCCAUCACAGGAGACUCCAGCGGCAACAUCCUGGUGUGGGGGAAAGGCACUAACCGUAUCAGCCAGGCGGUGCAGGGGGCCCACAGCGGCAGCAUCUUCGCCCUGUGCAUGCUGCGCAACGGCACCCUGGUCUCCGGGGGGAAGGACCGACGGCUGGUGUCCUGGAACAGCAGCUACCAGCAGAUCCAGAGUGUGGAGGUGCCCGAGCUGUUUGGACCAAUCAGAACCAUCGCUGAGGGCCGGGGGGAGAGCGUUCUCAUCGGAACCACCAAGAACUUUGUUCUCCAGGGCAGUCUGGACGGGGAGUUCACCCCCAUAACGCAGGGCCAUACUGAUGAGCUGUGGGGCCUGGCCGUCCAUCCCUCCAAGCCUGUCUUCCUGACCUGUGGCUACGACAAGCAGGUCAGCCUCUGGGAGUCCCGGAGCCACCAGCCAAUCUGGACCAAGCAUCUGGACGAAUCUGCCCAGUCAGCCUGCUUCCACCCGUCUGGGACGGUGGUUGCCGUGGGAACACACACGGGCAGGUGGCUGGUGCUGGACUCGGACUCCAAAGACCUGGUCACGGUCCACACAGACGGGAGCGAGCAGCUGUCCGUGAUGUGUUACGGCCCAGAUGGGAACUUCCUGGCCAUCGGUUCCCAUGACAACUAUAUCUACAUCUACGCCGUGACGGAGCAGGGCAGGAAGUACAGCCGGGUCGGGAAGUGCUCGGGUCACUCCAGCUUCAUCACCCACCUGGACUGGUCGGUGGACUCCCAGUACCUGGUGUCCAACUCUGGGGACUAUGAGAUCCUCUACUGGAUUCCGUCGGUGUGUAAGCAGGUGGUGAGUGUGGAGACCACCAGAGACAUCACCUGGGGGACCAGCACCUGCUCCCUGGGCUUCGAGGUCUUCGGGCUGUGGCCGGACGGUUCUGAUGGGACUGACAUCAACGCUGUGUGCAGCUCCAAUGAGAAGAGCCUGCUGGCCACUGGGGACGACUUUGGGAAGGUCCACCUCUUCUCCUUCCCCUGCUCCCAGUUCCGGGCUCCCAGUCAUGCUUAUGGUGGCCACAGCAGUCAUGUGACCAACGUGAACUUCCUGUAUGAUGACAGCUUCCUGGUGUCGACGGGGGGGAAGGACAUGAGUGUGAUGCAGUGGAGGAUAGUCUGAGGACUCGGGCAGCAGACCUGUGACAGGCUGCCACCCUCCUCCUACUAGACCUUGCUCCUCCCGUCUCCAGACCAGGAGAAUAAUAUCUGAACUGCACUAGAAGCCGACCAAACCAAACCCAAACGGAGACCACACACCAACCGGAGGAAGCAUGACUGAGCAGGGUCGCAGCGCGGGGACUGUGUGAACUGACCUGAGCACUGAGUUACGAUGAUGUGAAGUGAAAGCUGUGUGGAACUCAACUAAAAGGACGACUUGAAGAAAUCCGAGGUUUCCGCUAAAGAACAGAACUGGUGGAUUGUCGCGUUGCUUUAAAAAAUCCAGAAAUAAAAUAAACACAAAACACAUCGCUUCACUUUGCCGUAAAUGCUAAAUAUUUAUUUUAACAGUACUGUUAAAGUGACGUGAAACACGUAGUGAAUAUAAUUUAACAUGAGAACAAGGAUUUUUAUCCAACUAGCCAACAAAAAACCAAAGGCUCAGAUUCAAACAGCAUUUGUAAGUAGUAAUAACGUUUAGCUAUUUGAUUUAGUGUCUCCCGUUGUAUGUUAUGAAGUCAAUAACUUCCUCUAUUGUCCCCAAUUAAUGGUUUAAUAUUGAGCAUAUUGGAGGAACCAAGUGCAGAGCAAAGUGAUUUUAAAUUAUUUUGUAUUUAACAACUCAGGAAAGCACUAAAGGAAGUUAAUAUUUUCUUGUUAAAGCCUUCUCUUGUCCAGGUACACCAACCCACCUUGGUAAAACACUAACCAACAUUGAAAUGUGGAUAUCACAUUCAUUUAUAUGUGAACAGUCGAAGAAUCUGAAAUCAGAUCUGCUCAAAUCCAAUAUUGUAAUAUUAUACUAAUAAUAGUUAGGAAUAAUUCAGUAUUUACUCUGUACCAAAUAAACCACUUGCAAUUCCCAUGUGAAUGGUACUUUAUAAAAUCAGUGGUUUGCAGCAUCUCAAUGGUUUUAUCCAAACCUUUUCCAAGUAGCAUGGCAUCAGUAAUAACAGAACACGUGCCUUCCUCAACUGUAAUCUGGAGAAGUCACAACUGUUUGUGCUUCUAAUUGAAUAACGAGACGGGCAUCUUUUAUCUGGAAUGAUACCGAGUCACAACCUAAACUGCCAAUUUGUUCUGUCAUGCGUGAUGAUGUGUAAAUAGACCGAAAGGCUUUACAGUUGAUCUAGUUGAACGGUGAAGAUGUAUUGUUUGAAAAGUAUCGUAACAUGCAUGAGGAUUGUUUGGUAUGUGUUUCUUUUUUUUCUUUUUUUUACCAGGCACUUGAAUAGCCUCGAAGGCAGACGGGCAAGGCAGCGGGAAACUCAACCAAGCGCCUAUUAAGUUGUUCAGUAACUUGAUAUUGUAAAUUGUUCCCAAAUCCGUUUUCUACCUGAAGGCAUGUCUGGACGAGAGAGAUGACCUUUGCACUGUAACUUAACUUCUGAUGUGCUCUUCCGUCGUCCAAUCUCAGCUAAUAACACCAGAGAAACCACCAGAGAAACCCGGAGGUUUUUUUACUGGUCAACACUGCUUCUAAUGCUUCCAUUCAGAAACAUGACUUCUUCACACGACGAACAUGCAAAUGCAAAUAAACAAGCGCUUCUUGAAGGUUUUCAGAGUAUGCGUGGAUAUGAUCCGAUAUUUCUAUA